AUGUUGGAAUCAUUGGCAGCUGGUCUAUUGAACAGAUUUCUAGGUUCUUAUGUUGAAAAUUUUGACCCAAAACAACUAAACGUUGGAAUAUGGAGUGGUGAUGUGAAGUUAAGGAACUUAAAAUUAAGGAAGGAGUCUUUAGAUGCUCUAAAUUUACCUAUUGACGUUCUAUUUGGGUUUUUGGGUGUAUUGACUUUAUCAGUUCCUUGGUCUAACUUGAAGAAUGAGCCUGUUAAGAUUGUAAUCGAAAACGUAUACAUGAUAUGUUCUCCAAGGGAUGUUGUGAAUAUAGAUCCAGCAGAGCAAGCAGAAAGAGAAUUAAGGUCGAAACUUCAGAGAUUAGCUAGGCUUGAGGCAAUUACUCAAUCCAGGUAUGUUGCAAGUGGGGGAUCAUCAAAGAAUCUAUCAUUUACACAGUCACUAUUGACAAAGAUUGUUGAUAACCUACAAGUCAAGAUUUUAAAUAUCCAUGUGAGGUAUGAAGACACUAAAUGUAUUUUCAGUGAGAAACCAUAUACAUUAGGAGCUACUUUAAGCGAAUUGUCUGCGAUUUCUACUGAUUCCAAUUGGAAACCUAGUUUUAUCUCGAUUACCCAAAUUAUUACACACAAAUUGAUGAACUUGGAUUCGAUCUGUGUUUACUGGAACACCAACUGUAAGUCUAUCUUAGAUGAUGAUCAGAAUGUUGUCAUAGCCAAGUUAAAAGAAGCCAUUGCUAGCAGCAAUGAGAUUCCUGAGCAUCAGUUUAUUUUGCGACCAGUGUCUGGUACAGGAAAACUUACACUUAAUAAACAAGGGUCUACAGAGGAACAGGCACAUAUUGUUGCGCAAUUAUUCUUUGAUGAGUUUGGAGUAGAGCUAGAUGACUGUCAAUACCAGGAACUUUUGCAUACCAUAUGUAGAUUCCAUUGGUAUCAAAAAACGUUAAAAUACAAACAAUCCCGACCCUCAUUUAGUCCGAUGGAAAACCCAAAAGGUUACUUUAAAUAUAUCGCUGAAUGUGUGUUGUCAGAAACCCAUCAGCGGAACUACAGAUCAAGUUGGGAGUACAUCAGGGAGCGUAGGUUGAAAAGGAACGAGUAUGUUGAAUUAUGGAAGAAAAAGGUAAGAUUGGGCAAUGUCGAAAAUCCACAAUUGGAAGCAAAGGAUGAGGAGGCAUUGCUAAAACUUCACAAGGAACUAGAUUAUGACGAUAUUAAAUUUUUUAGAGCUCUCGCUAGGCGUGAGUUUGCGAAGGAUAAAAUGAAGGAAGAGUCAUCUCCUGAACCUACUCAAAAGACUGCUCAAUGCGGCGGUUGGUUUUCCUCAUGGUGGGGAUCUUCUUCUAACACAAAUAGUAGUGAUGAUGACCUUUCCAUUACUGAAGAGCAAAAGAAGGAAUUGUAUGAUGCCAUCGAUUUUGAUGAAAACCAAAGGGUGCUGGAUGCCAUAGACCUCCCCAGGGAUAGAGUGAAAAUGAGGAUUACAAGUUUAUUGAAUAAGGGAGCAUUGGUUGUAAAACACAGGUCAAAACAGUAUAACCUAUGUGAAGUGAUAUUUGGGCAAUGUGCAGCUGAGUUCUUACAGAGACCGGACUCUUUUGUAGCGAAGUUUGAAUUACGUGAAAUGCGCAUAGAGGACGGUUCACCAAACACAUUAUACAGACAUAUUUUAAGUGUUAGUGACUACCAAAAAGAUCGCAUAGGGUCCAGAGUCUCUUCUGCCACGGAACCAUUUUUCCAGGUGUUUUUUGAAAAUAAUCCGUUAGAUGAGUCCGCUGAUACCUACUUGAAUAUUAAAUUAGGCUCCAUGCUAGUAUUUUAUCAUACUAAUUACUUGAAUGAGUUGUUAAAGUUUUUCAAUCCUCCAAAAAAGCAUUGGGAUAUUAUAACUGCUAUUAUGAACGCGGCAGAAUCUACUGUUGAAGGAUGGACUACCCAAACUAGACUAGGACUCCAAGCAUUGUUAGAAGAGCACAAGACUUUGAAUCUGGUUUUUGAUGCAUCAUCUCCUACCUUUAUCGUGCCACUAAAUCCCCAAGAAUGGUCUUCACCUUGUGCUGUGCUAGAUGCGGGUGAAAUGCAUAUUGAAAGCGAUCUAGUCCCAAAGGAAAGGAUACGAGAAAUAACAAAUUUAAGUGUCCAAGAAUAUAACAAACAACCCUCAGAACAAUUGAAGCGAUUAAUGUUCGAUCGGUUUCACUUAUAUUUGAAGGAUACUCAAUUCUUAAUUGGGCCAGAUAUCAAAUCUACAAUUUCAAGUUUAAGCAUAAGGCGCAGGGAUAACCAAUUCUGUAUUCUAGAUAGAAUGGAGCUUGAGUUUAUUUUUGACGUGUCCAUUUUCCCAAAAGCACUAAAUCUCCCCCGAAUGAAGACUUCUGGUAAGCUUCCAAACUUGAAUUUGUACUUAAAUGACUUUCAGUAUAAGAUAUUGAUGCAAUUAGCAGAUAAAUGUAUUCCAACAUUGAGUGAUGUGGAAGAAGUCGGUGAAGAGACACCAGAAGAUUACGAACAAUUCGUAUUUUUAGAUGAGUUUAGGCAGCAAAGGCUAUCUGAUAGAGACAAGGAAGUUGCAAUGUUGCGUCAAACUGAAAGAAUGUUGGAACAAAUGAAUCCUGCAGAAUUAAAUCAAUCCGUAUUUGAACUGGAUUUAAAGGUGGAUUCUGCUCAGUUGACCUUAUUAAAGUGUGUUGAUGGUGCAACUAUGAAAUCACAAAAGCUAGUACAAUUAUACGGUAAAGAUUUGUUAUUGGAGAUGAAGACUAUGGCAAAGGAGAUGCAUCUAGAUUUGCAUUUGAAAUCUUUGGACCUUGAGGAUUUCAUUGAAUACUACAACAUGCCAGAGUUUAAAAAGCUGAUCACAUCCUAUAAUGUUUCGAGUGAUGAAACCAAAGAUUUAUUCCAAAUGAGCUAUCAUAAAACCCAAAGAAUAGUAAGAUAUGCAGAUACCUUAAUAGAAGUCUUUGAUCACGACAUCGAUCUAACGAUGGCAGGUUUAAAGUUUGUUCUAUCACCGAAAUCAAUUUUGACGUUGAUAAAUUAUGCGUUAAACACAUUUACUGAUCCUACCGCAGUUCUGCCGGAAGAUGUCUUAAGGCAUAAUGAACCUGAUACGGUAGAUGCACCGGGAAAAAUAAAUAUGAAGCUUUCUAUGGAUGGUAUUACGGUUGUUCUCAAUGACGAUUCAAUCCAAUUGGUUAGUUUGGAAUUAUCCGCCGCAGAGUUACUAUUAUUCAUAUUACCGGAAUCUAUGAAAGCGAGCGCAAAACUUGGUGGGUUACAGUUGACAGACAAGAUUAGUGAGGAUUUGCCCGAAGAUUCUAUAUUCAGGCAGUUGAUAUCUAUGAACGGUAACGAGGUCGUUGAGUUAGUGUAUGAGACAUUUGAUCCUACAAAUAACCCUCAUGAUUAUACUUCCCGGCUUGAUUACAAGACGGGAUCAAUGACUGUUAAUGUCGUUGAACAAUCCCUUCACAAGAUAAUUAACUAUUUUGCCAAAUUCCAGAAAAUGAAGGGUUUGUUUGAUAGAGCAAGACUAGCUGCGUAUGACCAGGCUGGAAACCUUGAUGUUGUCAAUAACAUGAAAUUAAACGUUCUUGUUUAUGCUCCUGUGAUCAGGUUCCCCAAGUUCAUUGAUCCUAGUACUGGCAAGUACGACGACGUAACCUUCUUUUUAGGCGAGUUGUUUAUUGAAAACACUUUUAUCAAUGGUGGGAAUGGGCUUCUUAAUAGGAUAAAAACAGGUAUAAGGAGGGGCAAGUUCACUUCUUUAUUUAACCUAGAGAACAAUGAAAUUCAGAAACUCUAUAUGAUGGAUGAUUUAGAUCUUCAUUUUGAUAUUGACAAUGAUCCGAAUGCAAAGGGCAGUGAUCCUGUCUUUAAGGUUAGAGGAUACUUUGAGCCUUUUUCCUCAAAGAUUACUGAGUUGCAAUUGCAAUUUAUGUUCCUUUUAUCAACUACAUUAGCGGAAUCAUUAACUAUUGAUGAAAUCAAGGAGACCGAUGAUAUGGAGUUUGCUGCUAUUAACGCUAGCUCUGUUAUUGGUCCAGAUGCGCAGUAUAAGGCAUCUUACGACGUUUUUAAAGACAGUAAGGUUGCUGAAGUACCUGACCCUAAGGGAAUACUUUGUGAUGUUGCAUUUGAUGCACCUAGUGUCUCUCUCACGCUGUUUAAUCAAACCAAUAACACAACAGAGGUAAAUGGACUAGCGAUUACUGAUAUCAGAUUACAUGAUUUUGGAUUAAGGAUGUCUCUUACUUAUGAUGGUACUUUAAAGGCAGAAGUUCAUAUCGCUGCAUUUACUGUAGAAGAUAUCAGAACCUCAAAAGAUAACAAGCAUACUAUGUUAAUUCCUAAAAUCGAUGGGGAUAGUUAUCAGUUUAUGGCUUCUCUAACAAAGAACACUGUUGACUCUAAAGAAACAAUUGAUAUUGCGGUAACAGUUGACAGUCCAAAAGUGAUUUUAGCGAUGGAUUACCUUUUUGCAUUAAAGGCUUUCUUUGACAGUGCUUUUAAUGUAAAAGGACCAUCCAGGUUACCUGGGAACGCCGAUAGGAAAUUUUUAGUGGAUGAAGCUGCUAUGAACAGCACAAAGCUGGAAUGUGAUACUGUGUCAUUGAUUCAAUAUUCGAUAAAUGUCAUUAACUCGCAAGUCAUUUUAUUGGCAGACCCAUCUAAGGUGGACUCUGAGGCUGUGGUUUUUGCUGUGGGGCAGUUACUGCUUUCAUAUCAAAACCUCUCUUCAUUGUUCAUCAAUAAUAUGGGGAUGUUUUUAUGCAAAAUGGGCUCCUCAAAUGAAGAUAAGAUUAGACUAUUGGACGAUUGUUCUUCUACAUUAUUUAUAGACGGUCGCGGUUCCGCGAAGAAUAAAUUGCUGACUGAAAUACAGGGUUCUAUUGGUAACAUUGUGAUGAGAUUAUCUUUGACAGAUAUCAGGCUAGCAAUUUCUAUCUUUAAUAAAGCCAUGGCUCUUGCCAAAGACAAUGGCUUGCUCAGGAAAGACUCAAAAGAGGAACAAGCUACUCUUGCUACGAGGUAUGGUAGGUUUUCGAAAGAUUUUAAGGAGAAGAUAAAACGAUAUGCGCCAAGUAUUGUUUCAUCUGUUAGUGAUGCUUCAAAACAUAGUAAUCAUUAUCAACCAGCCCCGGAAGUUGUGCUGAAAGCAGAAAAUAUGGAUAUCAGUUUCGCUGGGAUGAGGUUAGUUUUAAUUGGUGACGUGCAUGAACUUCCUAUCCUUGAUUUUAACAUUAAGCCAUUUACAAUUGAUGCCAAAGACUGGUCUUCAAAUAUUGAGGCUGUUGCAACUAUUGAAACUUAUAUCAACGUCUUUAAUUAUUCAAGAUCUAGCUGGGAAUACUUGAUUGAAGCAUUUCCUAUAACAUUCCAUGCAACCAAAGGGGGAGACAACGAUGCUUCGUUCUUAUUUGAAAUUGUGUCCAAUAAAGUCGCUGAGAUCACCCUAUCAACUAGAACUAUUGCAUUGCUUUCAAAUAUUUCAGAUUCGUUAUUUACUUCCACCGACUAUAACUUCAGCUCCCGUGGUGCUGAGAAACCAUACAAAGUUUUUAACGAUACAGGUCUAGAACUUAACAUUUGGAUACGUGAUGACAGCAUGCCGGAUAAUAGGCGACAGUUAACGACGUUACCAAAUGGAACAACUAUACCAUGGGAAUUUGAGGAUUGGAGAGCUGUGAGAGAAAGUCUGGACACAGAUAAUAGUAAAAACAUCUUGUUUGUUGAGAUCUCUAACUCAACUUAUAACACGAUUAUUGAAGUGGAUGCCACGGAAGAAGGGGAAAAACUGCAUAAGUUGUAUCCAGCUGUGAAUUCAGUACAUUCUCGUUUGGUGACAGAUUUAAAGUUGUGUGAGAACAAUGUUAAAUUGAUCACCAUCAGAUCUUCACUACUGAUUGAGAAUGCGACAUAUACGACCCUUCAACUUAAAAUUGGUCCUGACAAUAAAAAUGUCUGUAUCAUUGAUCCUGGAGAAAAGCGUUCUGUCCCAGUAGACUUUAUCUAUACUUCGAGAAUUUUGGUUAGACCAGUUAAUGGUACGCCUUAUAGAUGGUCUAGCUCUUUCAUUUUUUGGGAUGGAUUGUUGAAGAAAGGACCUAGAGCCUUGUACUGUGAGUCUUUUGAAUCGGAAUCGAAAUUUCAUUUAGAGGCAGAAGCUAGAUGCGACGACCAUGAACCGCUAACAAAAGUCUACCCUCACAUGACAAUUGUUAUCUCAUCUCCUUUGAUCAUUGAAAAUUUACUUCCAUUCGAUAUGAAUUUCUUGCUGUUCAGUAGGAGUACUCGUACUAAGAAUUGCAAGCUUCUGAAAAAGGGAGAGAAAGUUCCAAUUCACGACAUUUCACUUGAAGACUUCCUUUUAUUCUGUGUUCAGCCUGAAGAUGAAGGAUUUAAGUGGUCGAACGAGAUUAUUAUCAACUCUCCGAGAAACUCUGAAAUGACUCCAGAGACAAGGAUACAAUUAAAACAUGAAACUGGCCAAAAGGUUAACUUGAGAUUAUACUAUCAUCAGAUAGAGGGAAUGCGUGCCAAAUUAAUAAGCGUUUACUCCCCUUAUGUGAUAGUAAAUAAAACAGAAAGAGAUCUCUACAUAGAAGGUGACCGUCAAUGCGGUAUUUUGCAAUCACCUACUUUUAUUAAAGACGGUAAGCGCUUUAGUAGACCAAAGCUUUUUUCUUUUGAUAAAAGUGAUAGCAAUAAAAAUAGGGCACGAAUAAGAUUCAAAGGUAGUGCUCCUAGUAUUCCUACCUCAUUUGAGGCAAUUGGUCAAACUGUUGAUGUUACUAUGGAUAUCCCAAAUAAAGACAAGGAAUGUAACAUCGGAAUUUAUGUUACAGAGGGUUUUGGAAAGUAUGGCUUGACGAAGGUCGUUGAAAUCCAACCAAGAUACGUUAUGCGUAACAAGCUUGAUUUCGAUAUUUUAAUCACAGAGAGUGAGUAUUCGGAAGGUGUUUCCAGUUUGGCUCCAGGCUGUUCCAUGCCGCUAUAUAAACUUAAGAACACAGUGAACAAGCAAUUAAGAAUCAAGUUCCUUGGCUCUGAUUCCAUUUGGGCACAACCAUUCAUGAUUAAAGAUAUUGGAACUACAUAUCUUAAGGUUUUGCGUCAAAGCACUGGGCAUAUGUUACUACGCAUUGACAUAUAUUUGGACAAUGCAACACUAUUUAUAGAGGUGAAUGAUGCCAACGAUAAAUGGCCAUUUUCAGUUAGAAAUUUCAGUGAUCAUGAGUUUAUUUUCUGGCAACGUGAUCCUAAAAUAGUUGAGGAUGAUGAUGACGAUUUGGGCUAUAACCGUGACUACGAUAGCCGUGGAUAUACUCCAAUUUAUUACAAGGUACCUCCAAAGAGCGUAAUGCCCUAUGCUUGGGACUAUCCAAGUGCUAGACAGAAGAAAUUGAUUAUACAUGCCAGAAACAGAAGAAGAGAGAUAGACUUGAAUGAAAUAGGUAACUUGAAGCCAAUGAGGUUACCGGGAGCAAAUAAAACAUCACCUCCGGUUAUUGUCGAUUUUAAUAUUGUAAUGGACAACGGGAUACAGGCAUUGGUGAUAACCAACUACAAGGAAGAGCUAAGUUUGUACAAGCUACGAAACCAUCAGUCUAAUUCGAGCUCAUUAUCAGGAAGUAAUACAAAUGAAGGAUUCGAAGUUAACGAUAACGAUAAUGAAAUUAAGAUGAGAGUUUCAGUGGCUUUCCAAGGUGUCGGUAUCUCAUUGGUCAACUCUUCAAGGUUACAGGAGUUGUUAUAUGUUAGUAUGAAAGGCUUAGAAGUGCGAUACAAUAAUUCAGAAAUAUACCAGACAUUGACAUGGAAACUAAAGUGGAUUCAGAUCGACAAUCAAUUGUUCGGUGGUAUCUACCAAAACAUAUUAUACCCAACAAGGAUACCAAAUACUACGAAGGAGAUCAACGUGCAUCCUGCGCUUUCAGGCUCAAUCUCAAAAGUGAAGGAUAGUACGCAUAGCUCUCUCAACUUUAAGUUUGCUACUGUGUUAUUGCAAGAGAUGACCCUGCAAUUGGAUGAAGAUUUCUUGUUUGCGCUAAUUGACUUCUUCAAAAUCCCAGGCGCCUCUUGGCAAAAAACUAUUCCAGAUAUCUUAUGCCCUGAUAUUUGCGAGCUAUCCGAGCCUAGAAAAACCCAUAGUGAAUUGGAUGUUUAUUUUGAAAUGCUACAUAUCCAGCCAACCUUGUUGCAUCUAUCAUUUGUCAGAACAGAGCGACUAAACGCUGAUGAGGAAGGGAAGAAAGCGCACGGUACAAGCGCCGUCAUGUUUUUCCUAAAUGUGUUAACCAUGGCGUUGGGUAAUGUUAACAAUGCACCAAUAAAGCUCAGCUCGCUAAUGAUGGAGAACGUCCGAGUUUCUAUGCCCGCUUUGUUAGAAGUUAUCCAGGCCCACUAUGGACAGCAGUUCUUCUACCAAUUGCACAAAAUAUUAGGUUCUGCAGACUUCCUAGGAAAUCCUGUUGGUCUUUUCAAUACAAUUAGUUCCGGUGUGAAGGAUUUGUUCUAUGAACCUUACCAAGGUUACAUAAUGAACGACCGUCCUCAGGAACUAGGCAUCAGUUUGGCGAAGGGAGGGCUCAGUUUCAUGAAGAAAUCCGUUUUCGGUCUUUCUGACAGUUUUUCAAGGCUUACAGGUUCUAUGGCUAAGGGUCUCUCUGUUGCCACCAGAGAUACAGCUUUCCAGGACCGCCGUCGUUUGCAGCAGCAACAAAGAGGAGCCGUUGGUUUCGCAGCUAGCGCGUCCUCUUUCAUGAACACAAUCGGAAGCGGGAUAAGUGGCAUUGCCCUGGAUCCCUAUAAGGGCGCCAGCAAGGAAGGCCCGACUGGCUUCCUCAAAGGACUGGGUAAGGGCAUUAUUGGUCUCCCAACAAAAACUGCUAUUGGUGUACUAGAUCUCGCCAGCAACGUCAGCGAGGGCAUUAGAAAUACCACAACCAUGAUGGAUGGUGGCAAUAUAGACCGCGUCCGGCUUCCAAGGCACAUCGGACUUGAAAAAGUCAUCAAACCAUACAACCAGCGCGAAGCACAGGGCCAGUUCUGGCUCAAAACUGCUAAUGGAGGCCAGUUCCUCUACGAUCAGUAUGUGGGCCACCUCGUGCUCCGCCGCGAAGGCAAUGUUGUACUCGUGUCUCUAUCGAGAAUCAUUCGAAUCAGUCUAUCCACCCGUGAAGUGAUUCACCAGGCUAAUUUUACGGAUGUCGCCGGGAUCAGACUCUCGAAGAACGGGCUACACGUUGUCCUCCGCAACCCUAUGAACAAUCAACUCUUCUUCGCAUGUACAGACGCCGAAGAGAGACGAUAUCUAUAUAACAUAGUCGCAGUCGCUGUAACCGAGUUCAAUCAGCGCUACGACAACGAGCUAUAG